CCGAACAUUAUAAAAAAUUGGGUGGGUCCCUACACCAGCCUGGUCCGAAAGGUCUAAAACCAAAACUACACACAACACAGACACACAACCAAACUCAUCUCGCACUCACACACACUUCCACUUGCCAUCGCCGACACUUCAAGAAGAAUAACAAAAAAAAGCAAAAAAAGAAAAAAAGAAAAAAAGAAAAAAAUAAACUCUUUCUGAUUAUUCGAUCUAACAGUGCUCCCAUGGAUCGCCGUAUCUACGGUGGUGGCUCCGCCGUCACUAGUCUCGUUCUUUUCCUCCUCUUCUUCUUCUCCUCCUCCUCAGCAUCUGCAUUAUCCAAGAACACGAAUCCCUCAUCCGGGUCGGGUCAGAUCAACUCCAACUCCGUCCUCGUAGCUCUCCUCGACUCUCGUUACACUGAACUCUCCGAGCUAGUCGAGAAGGCUCUCCUCCUUCAGACACUCGAAGAAGCCGUCGGUCGCCACAACAUCACUAUCUUCGCCCCUCGCAACGAAGCUCUUGAGCGUGACCUCGACCCUGAGUUCAAGCGGUUCUUGCUCGAGCCAGGCAACCUCAAAUCUCUCCAAACACUCCUCAUGUUCCACAUUAUCCCCACCCGGGUCGGGUCUGACCAGUGGCCUUCCGAAGAAUCGGGUCGGGUCAAGCACGUCACGCUAGCGAACGAUCAUCUCCAUCUGAUCAAAGGAGACGGCAAAAAGACGGUGGACUCCGCCGAGAUAAUCCGACCCGACGACUUGACCCGACCCGACGGGUUGAUCCACGGGAUCGAGCGGCUUCUCAUCCCUCGCUCCGUUCAAGAGGAUUUCAACCGCCGCCGCAGCCUCCGAUCAAUCUCCGCCGUCUUACCGGAAGGAGCUCCGGAGGUCGACCCGAGAACCAACCGUCUCAAGAAGAAACCCGCUCCGGUACCCGCCGGAUCCCCGCCGGCUCUUCCGAUCCAAUCCGCGAUGGCUCCAGGUCCGUCGCUAGCUCCGGCGCCGGCGCCGGGACCGGGAGGCAAGCACCACCACUUCGACGGCGAAGCUCAGGUCAAGGACUUCAUCCACACGCUGCUGCACUACGGCGGCUACAACGAGAUGGCGGACAUUCUUGUGAACCUGACGUCGCUCGCGACGGAGAUGGGUCGGCUGGUGUCGGAAGGCUACGUGCUGACGGUUCUUGCUCCGAACGACGAAGCCAUGGCGAAGCUGACGACGGAUCAGCUGAGCGAGCCUGGAGCUCCGGAGCAGAUCGUGUAUUACCAUAUCAUCCCCGAGUAUCAGACGGAGGAGAGUAUGUAUAACUCUGUGAGGAGGUUUGGGAAGGUGAGGUUCGAUACGCUGCGUUUUCCUCAUAAGGUUGCCGCUAAGGAAGCUGAUGGUUCGGUUAAGUUUGGUGACGGUGAGAGGUCGGCGUAUUUGUUUGAUCCGGACAUUUAUACGGACGGUCGGAUUUCUGUUCAGGGGGUUGAUGGUGUUUUGUUCCCUGAAGUGGAGGAGACUGUUGAAUCUGUCAAGAAAUCGGUUAAGAAAGUUGUUCAACCGAGAAGAGGGAAACUGCUGGAAGUAGCCUGUAGAAUGCUUGGUGCUUUGGGAAAGGACACUUCUUAUCUCAGCAAGUGCCGGUGAAUCUGCAAACAGGCCAAAGAACAUUAUGUACACACAUUCAAAAAGCUGAUUAAAGAUUUGGCUUUUGGUGAAUAGACAACAAUGCUUCAGAAACAAAAUUUCUCAUGAAUUGGAGAAAUAUGGUUUUUGAGUUUUAUAUUUCUUUUUCUUUUUCUUAAAUAUUUUUUUGGGGGGGGGGGGGUGUUUUAUAUUCAGUCUUGGAGUUAUGAAUACUGUAAUUAGAUAUAUCAAUCAUUUUUUAAUUAAUUUGGUGGUGUAUGAGAAUGAAAGUACAAUUAAUAAAAGGGGAAACAAAAGAGAGAACAUAAACCUUUUUUUCUUUUAUCUCAAGGAUUUGUUGCUUUUUGGAC